GUAAACGUAGUGGUUACAUACUCUUUGUAUCAAUCAAACUGGCAGGCCUGUCAGGUCAGUAGCGUCAAAUGUCAAAGUAACCGAAAAACAUUGGAGGGUUUUGUGAAUUUUGUGUUUGUGAUACUAAUUAUUUUAUAAUAUUUGUGCCGUUAAUAAUAAUCAUGGACGAAACUGGAUAGGUACACAGUAUUUGUACCUUUGUUUGUGUCAAUCAAAUCUAUAAUCCAUUAAAACUUGACACCGAAAACGUGUUGGGUUCGUAGAUAGCACUUAAUGCAGAGAAAAAAUAAAUAAUUAGCAAUGGAUAUCACAAAAGACGAGUUCUGCCGUCUAUGCGCAGACUUAAAACUCAGCAGCGAGCUCAUAAACAUAUCAAUUGACAUGGAAAAACGUGAAAAUAUCAACAAAAUGCUUAAAAGAUUUAAUAUAACCUUAAACUUAGACAAAAACCUGCCUAAUACUGUAUGUUUAACAUGUACAAACUCUUUGGAACAAGCUUAUGACUUUGUGAGAUCCGUAGACCUUGCACAGAAGGCUUUUGACGACUAUGUAUCUUCUGAUGUGGAAAAGGAUGAUGGUAGUGUUCACCUUGAGUGUCAAGUGUCUGCUAAAGAUACAGAGACAAUUGAGACCUAUACAGUUGAAGAUAGUGACAUAAGUGAAGAAACAAUAGAAGAAGAUAUAGACAAGAAGACAACAGAAGAUCAACCAAUGAAAGACACCUCGGAGACUGAAACAGUGAACUCAAAAAGAGGACGGAAGAAAUUACUGAAAAUGUUAAUAAGUUCAAAGUCAAUAGAUUCUUGGAACACAUACAAGUGGUUAUGUGCUUAUUGCGACAGUUAUUACUUUAGUCUAAGCCAUUUAAGAGUGCACAGUAUGCAGUACCACAAUAUCUGCAACCCAUUCCGCUGCUUCGAUUGCAGAGCUAGAGGCUCUCAGAUAGACAAGUUUGUCUCCCAUGUUUGUAAACAUCAUCCAAACUUGGCACUCCUCUGUCAUAUAUGUUCCUCAGCAUUUAACACAACAGAAGAAUUGGAAAAACAUAAACUAAAAGUGCAUAAUUCCAGUAAAUUCAUUCACAUAUGUGGUGCCACUUUUGUAACUAGAAAAGAAUUAGAAAAUCAUAUUAACAACUUCUACCAGAAUGUUGCAAUACGCAUGGCACCGUACAAUGACAAUGAAACCUUUAUCUGUGUUAUUUGUAAGAAGAUUCUGAAGUCAAGGGUGCUUUUAGAUAGACACUUGAUACUCCACACAGACAGAAAACGUACUUCCAUGUGCAAGGUGUGCAAAAAGCGCUUUUAUACAACUCGAGAACUUAAUCGACAUGUAGUCAUUCAUUCAGAUAAAAGACCCUUCAUGUGUGAAAUAUGUGGUUUUUCAUUUAAAAUAAAACAAGCACUUCAAAAACAUGUGAUGAGACAUUUUCAAAUAAAACAGUUUGUUUGUGAUAAAUGUGGCAAGAGCUUCCGGUCAAAGAAGCAACUUAUAGGGCACAGCAAGGUACACGAUGACACUCGUCCCUUUAUCUGCGUACACUGCAACAAAUCCUUCCGUUUCAGACAUCUGAUACUGCAGCAUAUACGUGUUCACAUUGGAGAGAAACCUUACUCUUGUGAUUUAUGUCCGCAGAAAUUUAUUAAUUGGUCAAAUUACAAUACACAUUCAAAAGAUGUGCAUGGAGUUGAUCGUUGCAAAGAGAAAGCUGCUUCAAACAAUGUUACUGUGGAUCUUGAUGAAAAAUUAAUAAAGUGGAAGAAUGAUAUUUUGGAACUAAAAUAAUAUUUUACAGCAACCCAAGUGAGAUUCAAUUGUUCUUAGUAAGAAAUUGUAACUGCCUUAGACAAGUUCAGUAUCAAUAAUCGGUAUAUCUGUAGAAACGAAAUACUAUAUGAGAAUUAAUUUGAUGGCUGCACUUUUUUAUGAAAUACCUUUAGAAAUUUCCAUACAUUUGUAUUGUCUUAAGUGAUAAUGAAUAUUAUGGAUACUUGUAACAAUUUUAAUAACUUUCAUGAUAUAAUUGAUUUUGUAGCUGCCUACCAACCUAUGUUUUUUAUGUUUUGAUACAUAUUUUUAAAUGAACAUUUUUUGAUUAGACACUUUGAUAGUUUUUUGUAAAUAUUGCUUCUUUACAUGUUUAUAAGCGUUAGUAUUGAUUUAUGCUGAGCAUAUAAAGGUAUUUUGUAGGAACACCUUUCAAAUUACUUUUCCCGACUUGGGUGCGGCGAGUGUCGGACUCUUACUGACUAGUUCCUUCUGCUUAUCGAGUUUCUUGCUUAUUUCUCCAUUCGAAUCUACACUUUGGUACAAGUACCAACAUUUUAUAAAUUGUAUAAGGCGUGUUUUAAGUGGUACUCUGAGGUCGGUAGUGGUGAAGGAUUCAAACGUGUUUUAUCGGUACGACGAUUGUUAUCAAUUUUAGUGAUUAUUUUCAUAGUGAUCUGAAUUGAAAUCCCGUACAUUGUGGGUCAAUUAGUUGCUGAACCAAGGCCUGCAGCAUCUCCAUAUCUCGUUGAACCUCUCUAUCGUCAAUAGCUCCGUCUCAGAGAUAUGGCUGUUGGCUAUUUGGUUGGUAAGUAUUAGUUUUGGCUUUGCGAGGUCUACAUUCGUCCUGUCGAAAGUCCAACUGGUUGGAAUGCCUUUCGUUAUUUUUUCGUCUCUGUGACGUACAGCAAUUCUCGACACGCACUUGUUUCCGUGUGUGCCGAGAGCGCUCUUUCUCGAUCUUAUAUUUGUGACGGGCUUUAGAGAUAGGGCCGUUUCAUAGAGGCCCUGCAGGUAUUCUUGGGCGACGGCUUUACACUUCCUCUUGAUAUUACUCGCUGCUUCCAGGGCGUUCUUGCCUUUUUGGAGGAGGGUGUUUGCCACUCUUGUGGCCAUGUCCAUCUUCACCCCCGUUCCUCUCCUUGGUGUGCGGUAAGGAAAGCUUUUUCUCUCGGGGCAUCCUACUUGACCUGGGGAGGAUGCCAGUGAGCUCUCCUCAUCGGAGAUUAUGUAUUGCGAGGAGGGAAGAUUUCUCACUGCUCCCACUGAAUGAUGGUUUCCGAGACCCUGGCGCGCUCGAUGGUUUUGGGUCUCAGUUACCGACGGUGAUUUGCGGGAAAUGGUGUGGGUUCCGGUGGAUGUGUUAGACACGGCUAUGACGUCCGGCUCCGAUAUUACUUUCGGUGAUGCUUGUGGUGGCUCUGAUGGACACGCCACCUGACGUCACUGACUUGCCCGAGGGACUUUGUAUUCUUCAGCGCUGCGUCCGUGGCCGGUUUGCGGGAGUUUGUUGUCUUGGAAGACGUGGUAAGGAAGGAGGUUAACUAAUUCAGACUUAUGUCAAACGAGUGUUUUUUAAUUAUACGUAAUCUGCGGCCGCUUUCGUGUGCGGAGUCCGACGAUGAUAGGGGCCUGUGUGGAUUUCGGGAAUUUCGUUGAUACCCAAGUUGGUUUCGGGUGUCGAUUUUGGGUCUGAAAGGCGGUGGGGGGGGGGGGGAGCCGUUGAUCCUGACAGGUUUAAGCCCAUACUCGGGGUGUUUUGGUCAAAGGGAGAUGAGGUAAAAAUAAGGGGGGAGGGUGAGAAACUUGUUGAGGGGAAGGGAAGGUAGGUAUGGAGAGUGGGUUGCCUGGUGUAUUUGGCUUCAUCCAGGGAUUCCAAGAAGAACAAACCAAACUCGGGGCAGGCAGGUUUGGGGGUUGAGGAGUUACCUCAGGGCUUACUUGCUGAUGGGUCGUGUAGUCGUUGCGGAGGUGGCUGGUCUGCAGGCGGAUUCCAGUAGAGUUGGCGCGUCGCCUUGCCCCGUGAUAAUUGUCAGUAAAGUCUGAAACUCACUCCUCGCCCAUCCAGGGUUUGAAAAAUCUCUUGAUGUAUUCCCCAUGACAAAUAAAAAGAAAUAAAAUAUUAGUUGUCUACAAAUUAUAAUGACAUGAAAUGUAAUUUUUGUCUUGUACUUAUUGUAUAACUUACUUUUUAUAAUUUGACCACUAACCUAACGUAACUUCCUACCAGCCAUUUAGAUUCUACCGUAGAACUAUAAUUGAAAGCGUCUAAGUUCUUGACUGAAUCUCGAAAUUUAAAAUUGUUUUUUACCUAUUCAAUACCGUGUUUCCAUCUCAUAAGUUUGUUAGAAUGUUCGUACAACUUCUUAUAUUGUAUUACUUACUAUUUUGUACAUUUAAUUAAGGAGUUAUUAUUUUUUAUACAGAACCUACAGUUUGUAAGACGAAUAAUGACUAAAAUAUGUACAAUUUAAAAAUAUUAUCCAUCAAAAAACAUCAAAGAACAUCGAAACACUGUUCACCGCUUGUUGCCAAU